ACAAGACAUCGGCAACUGACGCAAGUUUCUACAUAGACGAUUAUAAGACUGCAGUUGCAUUGCAAAGCUGCGAUUAUAAGAUUACAAUGAGUGAUGGAUUUAAACUGCAAGUGAAAGUGAAACCAGGAUUUCCAGUCUAUGAUAUUGAUGAUAAAUUAAAAGAAAGAUUGAAGCAAGCAAUGGGGAAGAGAUAUGUACAAGAUACCAAUGCUUUGAAUUUGUCCAAGUUUCAUCGUGAUCCUGAUCUUUGCUCUGACUACUUUUGCGCAUUGUUUCAUCCUGUCAUGUUGAUGACUGUGUUGGACAUUGUGGCGGAACACAUCCCGAAUUUAGAAGCCUUGAACUUGGAAGGAAAUAAGUUGCAAAAUAUUGAGAGACUCAGUGUAUUAACCAAGAAGUUCUCAAAAUUGAAAAUUCUGUUUAUCGGUGAUAACAAG